AUGCAGAAGGGACCAUGUGGAACUGAACUCGGUAGGUUGUCGAGUAAGCAAAACAUGGAUUCCGCUCAACCUACCAAAUUGGACUUUUUGACUGUGCCGGCCACCCCGUUUAGCAUUGGGGGUUUGGCCUCGAUAGUGGUCUUGGUGACUGUUGUAAUCGGGCCAAAAGCGGUGAUCGAUACGGUUCUUAAUAGCUACUUGUCUCUUGUUCAUCGGAUUCCAGCUGCCGAUGGGAAGAAGUACAUGUCGGGUCCGGCGUACACAUUCCCCAAUGGACAGAUGGUGGACAAGUUUCUGGCUGCACGGACGAGGAGCUGGGAGUGGGAGGAGAAAUAUGGCAAAACGUAUCGCAUUUGGGCUGCUAGUAUCCCGGAGGUUGUGAUAACGGACCCCAAAGACGUCGAGGUGCUAUACCAGCAGUCGACCGACCAUAACAAGGCGCCCCAGGCAAAUGCCGGCUGGCUCUUGACUCAGCUGCUUGGGUCGGGCCUGGGGCUGAUUAACGGGACUCGAUGGUCGACUUUACGAAAGACUUUGGACCCGAUGUUCUCGCACCGGGCUGCCUUGCAGUAUUUGCGCGACAGCCUCGACGCUGGUGCUCAGGACUAUGUGGCGGGGAUACACCAGUUUGCAAAAGCCGACGGGCAGGUGCAGACCGCAGAUGGGAAGGUGAUGGUCAUUAAUGCCACGCAGGCACUGCAGCGAUAUCCGUUCUUCGAGGUCGCGUCCAUGUUCUAUGGGAAGAUGAGUGAGGCAGAGCACGAGCGGCUGUGGGAUCUCGGGCGUCGGUAUUCGGAGGUCUUCGCGGCGAUUGUGUCUGGCGGCAUUCAUCGCUCUAAGCUGACUAGGUAUCUCAAUACCAAGGCUUGGAACAAUGCGAGAGACUACCAGAAGGCGUGGCGAGAUUUCAAUAGGGAGAUAUACACGGCAAGGAAGAUGACAGCCCCUGAUACGCCAAUUGUGGCCCUCACAGAGGCAGCUGAAAGGGGUGAACUGACGCCAAAUGAGGUGACUGACACGAUUGCGGAAUCUACCUUCGCGAACCUGGACAUCGUCACCCAUGUUAUCUCGUCUUGCAUUAUUCUUCUAGCCGAUUCCCCAGAGGUCCAAAAUGACCUACUUCAGGAGAUGGAGAAAAAUAAGGCAGACCGAGAAAAUUAUAUCACUCGAAAGGACACGCUUCUCCAUUACUGCUUGUUGGAAUCGCUCCGUCUUCGGCCGGUUCUAUGCUUGAAAGAAUACUGGCUGACGCAGGUCAAAGCAUUCACGUUCCCUGAGAAUCCGCCAAGGGAGAAGAUCCUGGGAAACUUUGUGGUACCUAAAGAUACGACCAUUAUUGUGGAUGCUUUCGCGAUCAACAUCCGUAAUCCCUUCUGGGGUCCCGACAACCGCGCAUAUCGGCCCAGCCGGUUUGCGGGUAUUAAGCAAAGUCAGCUCCGGUAUAAUCUCGCAACUUUUGGCUAUGGGCCGAGAAAGUGUCUCGGACAGCAUAUUGCCGAUAAGAUCGUCAAAGCCGUGGUCUAUCACCUGUUCAGCAAGUAUAGAGUUUCUCUCAUGCCGAUGCAAGCUGUCGAAGGAGACUUCAAGGUUGACAAAACCAGCUGGGUUGCAUUGUAUGAUGUUGAUUUGAAACUGGAGCCAAGAGAGUCUUGA